AUAUCGUAUCUUUUCAAGAGAACGUGCGCAGCCCUCACGCGCUGUUAACUGCACUAAAGAGCUGCGCUGCACUCUUUUUUUCCCCACCGAGUAAACCUGCAGCUUUUAAACAAAUACAGGAAUAUUUUUGCCUUCUUUUAUGCGGAAUUUAAACAUUAAGAAAACGUAUUUAUUAAAGGGAGCGAGGAAGACUUCUGAAAAAUGCUGAAGUGGUUGCAGGACGGUCGCUAGGGCACAGCUGUCUGUCAAGGCCAAACAUGGAACGAGAGGGCUCGUUAAGGAGGAUUUCGAGGAGUCUCCACAACAAGCUGAGGUUAGGCAGCAGCUCGUCCUCCAGUCUGAAUGACCUCUCGCAGGCCAAGACCCCGGGAGGAGGAGAUAAGGGAGGACCAGCUGGAGGCCUGUCCGAGGAGUGCAGCAGGGACAGAGGGACCCAGCAGAGGAGGGCCGGGGCCAACGCCACCUGGAACAGCAUCCACAGUGCAGUGAUAUCAGUGUUCCAGAAGAAGGAUCUGGGAGAAAAUGAACUCUACACUCUGAAUGAAGGUGUCAGGCAGCUUCUGAAGACAGAGCUGGGCUCCUUCUUCACUGAGUACCUUCAGAACCAGCUGCUCACUAAGGGAAUGGUGAUACUGAGAGACAAGAUCCGCUUCUAUGAAGGUCAGAAGUUGCUGGACUCCCUGGCCGACACAUGGGACUUCUUCUUCUGUGAUGUUCUGUCCAUGCUGCAGGCCAUCUUCUAUCCUGUACAGGGAAAAGAGCCCUCAGUGCGUCAGCUGGCUCUCCUCCACUUCAGGAACAUCAUCACCCUCAACCUGAAACUGGACGAGGCUCUGUCUCGACCCCGAGCCAGAGUCCCUCCUUCCAUCAUACAGAUGCUGCUAAUCCUACAGGGAGUCCAUGAAUCUAUAGGUGUGACAGACGACUACCUGCGUCUGGAGUCUCUAAUCCAGAAGGUGGUCUCUCCCUACCUCGGGACUCAUGGGUUAUACUCCAGUGAUGGAUCCUCCAAUCUGCACAGCUCCUCCUGCCUAUUAGAAAAGCGUUUGCAGCGCUCAUGGCCCUCCAAACCAGGCAACUCCCCUGGGGUUAAGAACCCAGUGGUACGCUCCAAGAGCUACAACGUUCCCAUGCUGACCCCGGUGGUGGAGUAUGACGCCGACUCCUCCACAGGUGGCGGCACAGGUAUAAGACGACACUCCGUCUGUGAGAUGACUUCCUGCUUGGAGGAGAGCGUCUCUUUCGCCGAAUCCACAAACACUGCCACCAGCAUCACCAGUAUCACCAGCAAAACCAGCAAAACCAGUAUCACCAGCAUCCCCAGCACGUCCAGCUUCCACAACCAUUCUCCAGCUUCCACAGCCUCGGCUUCGCUGUCAGACACUGUGAUGUUCGGCAAGGAGCCCCCCCCCGGAGACCCUGACUGUCCUGCCAGUCCCCACCCUCUCCGGCCACAGCAUCACUCCCCCUGCAUCCUCCCGGAGCCGUCCCCAAGAGAGGAAACAUACGGCACAGGCUCGCUGCUGUCAGACUCUCCCGCCUCCUUCAGAGGGCUGGCUCAAGACACCAGCUCUGGCCCCAGUCCUGCAUCCAGCCCAGAGGUCAUGAGGGGCCACGUCCCCGAGUCUUUGGACUCUGAGCCGGAGCAUGAUGGCAUCUUUCUGGACUUCUCAAAACACUGUUCUGAAGGGUCGGACACACAGCAGAGUGUGGCGUGACACACACUCACGCAGGCAGGCAGAUGCAUAAUGAUGCAGGAGGACAUUCCUUACACCCUGUGACACUUCCUGCUGUUUUAUCCAGACUCAAAAUGAUCAGGGAUUCUUUCAAACUGAAUAUUAUUUUAAUAAAAUGUGAUCACUAGAUCGCUAGAAUCAAGUCUAA